AGGGACUCUAUUGCUCCAACAACUAUCAGCCCCCCGCUGCACAUAAUUAAUACAUCAUGACCAACGUGCGCCAAAAGAGAAAGAACAGGUCCGGUCUGCCCAAGGCCAAGGCCAAGCGCACCGGCAUCCUGAAGAACGGCCGCAAGAAGAUCAACGUCCUGGGCAACGCCAUUAUCGCCGAGAACUGGAACCGUGAUCUGACCCUCACGCAAAAUUACCGCAAGCUUGGCCUUGUCCACCGCCUGAAUGCGCCGACCGGUGGUUCUGAGAAGCGCCCCACGAAAGACGGCAUCGAGCGCGAGCGCGAGGAUUCCCUACACAUCAAGAGCAGCGCCACUGCUGUUGCCCAGAAGAGCGCCACCGGGGAGAUUCGAGUCGAGCGCGAUCCCGAGACCGGCAAGAUUCUGCGCGUCAUCCGCAGCGGCGACGAGGAGAUUGAGGUGGCGGGCCGCAAGCACAAGCGCAACAACCCGCUGAACGACCCGCUGAAUGAUCUGUCCGGCGAUGAGGGCGAGGCGAGUGCGCAGCAGAAGAAGCAGAACAACGACAGUGAUAUUGUUCGUCAGCUCGAAUUGCAGGCCGAUAAGGAGAGCCUCAAGGUGGCGGCCAAGAAGCCCCGGCACCAGAGUAAGAGAGAGGAGGAGUGGAUUCUGCGUCUGGUGGAGAAGCACGGAGACAAUUACGCCGCCAUGGCUCGUGACCGGCGACUGAAUCCGAUGCAGCAGACCGCCGGCGAUCUGAAACGGAGAAUCGCCAAGUGGGAGAAGAGUCGGUCAUGAUCUGUUGUUCUUUUGAAAAUUCAUUCAUCUGCAUAUUGGCGACUAUGGCGUUGAUCUCUUUGUUUGGGGGGUUCUUGGGCUAAAAGUGUCUGACAUGGGCUGUGUCCGGCUCUACUAAACUACUUCGCGGUAUACCAGUUUAGUUGAACAAGUUUCAUUUC